GCAGACCUUUGGCCCAGCUAGGAGUAAUUUAGAGACAAUAAUAAAUGAAGUCCUGGAUAUUUAAACAUCCUGUACAGGGGGUGAUGCUGAGAUGAUGCAACCAGAGGAGGGGGCAGAGGAUCAUCCGGCUGCUGCCAACAGUAAGGGGCUGACAUCUGAAACCGAUGCUGCCUGCCCUCUCAGUCUGAAGUUGUGAAUUUCCCGAAAUGGUAGCGACCGCAUAUGAACAUUCAUCGGACCUCCGUCAACCUGUCAAACAGGGAAAUUAGGAGAACCUCAGAUUGAGCUGUAAAUGUAUCAGCAUCAGAGAGCUCAGUAUGAAGAAGUCGGUCCGGCCAGCGGUGAGUAAGGUGAGCGGAGAUCGAGGGAAGGCAGAGGCCGCGGCUGCCACUGGGCCCGGAAAACCUGCAGCCAAGACCAGCACCACCGCACCUCUGUCUAAGGUGAAGAGCAAUGAUGAUCUUUUAGCAGCUAUGGCUGGAGGAAAUCCUGCAUCAAAUAAUGCUGUCACCAAGGCCAAGAGGACUGCCUCUAUUGGGACUAAUGCUAGCAACCUAGACAGCAAGCCAAAGACAACAUCAGGUACUUCAUCCAAGCGGUCGACAGCUUCGAUCUCAAAGGAGACAAAUUCAUCAAGGGACCGUCUCCGGACAUCCAGGACCUCAGCCAAUAAGAAGCAGUUAGUAUCAGGGACUGUAGCAGGGGAUGUGGCCUCAGGGAAGCGCUCUCGCGGCCAGAUCCUGGCAGAGUCUGAUGGCCGUAUGAGCAAGUCCAAAUCCGAUGGCCAGAUCAGUGAUAAGGUGGCUCUGGAGGCCAAAGUAAAAGACCUGGUGGGUUUGGCUAAAAGCAAAGACGUGGAGAUCCUCCACCUUCGCAGCGAGCUGAGGGACAUGAGGGCCCAGCUUGGCUUGGGAGGGAACGAAGCAAUGCCCCAGGAAGAAGCUGGGGAGGAAGAGAAGCCCCAGGUGUCAGUCAUCACAGCAGCAGAUGUGGAGUCCACUCUUAUUCUCUUACAAGAGCAGAACCAGGCCAUCAGAGAGGAGCUGAACCUGCUCAAGAGUGAGAACCGAAUGCUAAAGGACCGGCUCAAUGCGCUGGGCUUCUCUCUGGAGCAGAGGCUGGAUGGGUCUGACAAGCUGUUUAACUACGCCUCCCUGAGCCCGGACCUGGCAGCAGGCAGCGGGCAGAGCGAUGGCGGAGGAACAGGAACGCUGACCUCCUCAGUUGAAGGCUCUGCCCCCGGCUCUUUGGAGGAUCUGCUCACAGGACACCAACAUGGAGGCUCGGCAGACAACCUCGACAGUGAAUCUAGCGAGGUCUACCAGGCAGUCACCUCCAGUGAUGACGCUCUGGACGCCCCGUCUGGAGCCUCCUCAUCAUCCGAGUCGGAGUGCGCCCCCAGCAGGGAGUGCUCACGGAGAGGCAGCAGUGGCAAUGCCAGCGAGGUGUCAGUGGCCUGUCUGACAGAGCGCAUCCACCAGAUGGAAGAGAACCAGCAUAGCACUGCUGAGGAGCUCCAGGCCACAUUACAGGAGCUGGCUGACCUGCAGCAAAUCACCCAGGAGCUGAACGGAGAGAACGAGCGGCUAGGCGAAGAGAAGGUGAUCCUCAUGGAUUCCCUGUGCCAACAGAGCGACAAGCUGGAGCUGUACGGUCGACAGAUUGAGUACCUGCGCUCUCUGCUGGAUGAGCAUCAUAUAUCGUAUGUGCUAGAGGAGGACAUCAAGAGUGGCCGCUACAUGGAGCUGGAGCAGCGCUACGCAGACCUGGCAGAUAAUGCCCGCUUUGAUAGAGAGCAGCUGCUGGGGGUUCAGCAGCACCUGUCCAACACGCUGAAGAUGGCUGAACAGGACAACGCAGAGGCCCAGGAGAUGAUCGGAGCACUGAAAGAGAGAAACCACCAGAUGGAGCGCAUCAUGGAGUCAGAGCGACAGGGUCGAGCUGCCAUGGCGGCCGCACUUGAGGAGUACAAGGCAGCAGUGAGCAAUGACCAGGCGGAGCUGAGCCGUUGCAGAACCCAGCUGGACCAGGAGAGGCAGAGGGUGGCCGAGCUGUACUCUCUUCACACUGCAGGGGACAAAAAUGACAUCUGCCAGCUGCUUGAAGGAGUUCGUCUGGGGAAAGAAGAGGCUGAGGCCAAGGCGGCGAAGUUGCAGGAGGAGCUGGAACAAGCCCACAGUGAACUCACCCGGCUGCAGGAGACCUGCAGUAAGCUGGACAGGGAAUACAGAGACUUCCAGGAACAGGUGCAGCAGCAGAUGGCCGAGCAGGAGCGCGCGCUGGAGAAGCAGCGCGGGGAGCUGCAGGAGAAAGAGACUGAGAUCGCAGACAUGAAGGAAACCAUCUUUGAGCUUGAGGAUGAGGUAGAGCAGCACCGAGCUCUUAAACUCCACGACAACCUCAUCAUCACAGACCUCGAGAACUCUGUGAAGAAGCUGCAGGACCAGAAGCACGACAUGGAGAGAGAGAUUAAGAUUCUUCACCGCAGACUGAGGGAGGAGUCGAUGGAGUGGCGUCAGUUCCAGGCUGAUCUGCAGACAGCCGUUGUCAUUGCUAAUGACAUCAAGUCCGAAGCACAGGAGGAGAUUGGAGACCUGCGGCGCCGGCUGCAGGAAGCCCUGGAGAAGAAUGAGAAGCUGAGCAAAGAGCUGGACGAGGUCAAGAGCCGCAAGCAGGACGAGGAGAGAGGUAGAGUGUAUAACUACAUGAAUGCUGUGGAGAGGGACCUGGCUGCUCUCAGACAGGGGAUGGGUCUCAGCCGGCGAUCCUCCACCUCCUCAGAGCCCUCGCCCACCGUCAAAACACUCAUCAAGAGCUUCGACAGUGCCUCACAAAGUCCCCCAACCAAUGGUGCCUCUGUGGCUCCAACAGCCUCAGCUGCCCCGCUACCACGCACCCCGCUCAGCCCCAGUCCUAUGAAGACGCCCCCAGCAGCUGCUGUUUCACCCAUACAGAGACACUCCAUAACUGGGUCUAUGUCAGCUGCCAAGCCGCUCUCCUCCAUGAGUGAUAAGAGGCCCAGCUACACAGACAUCACCAUGCCAGCUGAGCACCUCCUCAGGGGAACCUCAGCUAGCCGGCCUCCGUCUGCCCUCCAGAGGGUCUCCAACAUGGACUCCACUAAGGCAAUCUCAGUGUCCCGCCGGAGCAGUGAGGAGAUAAAGAGGGACAUGUCUGCUUCAGACGGGGCCUCCUCAACCUCCCUGUUGGCUAUGAGUACUGCCUCCUCCCCGCUCUCCCUGUCCUCCUCCUCCCCCACCGCCUCCAUCACUCCCACAGCACGCAGCCGCCUAAGAGAAGAGAGAAAGGACCCGCUGUCAGCACUGGCCAGAGAGUACGGAGGCUCCAAGAGAAAUGCUUUGCUAAAGUGGUGCCAGAAGAAGACUGAGGGUUAUCAGAACAUUGAUAUCACAAACUUCAGCAGCAGCUGGAAUGAUGGCCUGGCCUUCUGCGCCGUUCUCCACACCUACCUGCCUGCACACAUCCCCUACCAAGAGCUCACCAGCCAAGAGAAGAGGAGGAACUUCACCUUAGCCUUCCAGGCUGCAGAGAGUGUGGGCAUCAAAUGCACUUUGGACAUAAAUGAGAUGGUGCACACAGAGAGGCCAGACUGGCAAAGCGUCAUGACUUAUGUCACGGCCAUCUACAAGUACUUUGAGACCUGACUUCACCAUCUUCCCCUCCCUGUUCCUGCAGCACAAUCAGAGCAAGCUCUCCUGAGCUCGCAGCAACCUUUCAACCCCGCUGUCAACUGUUAUACCUCACACCCUCUCCCCCACACCACAGCGACACCAUGUCACGCUGCAUGUCGGUCCACAGUAUUUAGCGACACUAAAGGCAGACCAGAACCUCACUGGACACACAGCUAAUCCAUCCUCCCAGUGCAGCGUGAAAGGCGCUUUGUGUAGAG